CUCUGCUUUCUCUCGUCUUCUCCAUUUACUCUUUUUUCUCUGCAGAGUUUUUCGGAAAAAGAAAUUGUUCUUUCUCAUUGAUUCUACAUUUCUACAGAACGAGAGAGAGAUAAGGAUUUGUGAGAGAACAACAAUGGCGCUCGUGAAAACGGAAACGCAGGCGUUAGGAAACCACCAGCAUUCUUCAAGGUUUGGUUCGCUUUACGUCGGUGAUCUUAGCCCAGACGUGACGGAGAAAGAUCUCAUUGAUAAGUUCUCUUUGAAUGUUCCGGUAGUGUCCGUUCAUCUUUGCCGUAACUCUGUCACCGGAAAAUCCAUGUGUUACGCUUACAUCAACUUCGAUUCACCUUUCAGCGCAUCGAAUGCUAUGACUCGCUUAAACCAUAGUGAUUUGAAGGGAAAGGCUAUGCGAAUAAUGUGGUCUCAGAGGGAUCUUGCGUACCGUCGUCGUACUCGUACUGGUUUUGCAAAUCUAUACGUAAAGAAUCUGGAUAGCUCGAUUACUAGCAGUUGCUUAGAGCGAAUGUUUUGCCCCUUUGGUUCCAUACUUUCUUGCAAAGUCGUUGAAGAGAAUGGCCAAAGUAAAGGUUUUGGCUUUGUUCAGUUUGAUACAGAGCAAUCUGCUGUAUCUGCUCGUUCUGCUCUCCACGGCUCUAUGGUUUAUGGCAAGAAACUGUUUGUUGCCAAGUUCAUCAACAAGGAUGAAAGAGCAGCUAUGGCAGGAAAUCAAGACUCUACAAACGUUUAUGUGAAGAAUCUGAUCGAAACUGUUACAGAUGAUUGUCUACAUACACUGUUUUCUCAAUAUGGAACUGUCUCUAGUGUUGUGGUUAUGAGGGAUGGUAUGGGAAGAUCUAGAGGUUUCGGAUUUGUUAACUUCUGCAAUCCAGAAAAUGCUAAGAAAGCUAUGGAAUCUCUCUGUGGACUACAACUUGGAUCGAAGAAAUUGUUUGUUGGUAAGGCACUCAAGAAAGAUGAAAGGAGGGAGAUGCUGAAACAGAAAUUCAGUGACAACUUUAUUGCAAAGCCUAACAUGAGAUGGUCCAAUCUGUACGUGAAGAACUUGAGUGAAUCAAUGAAUGAAACAAGACUGCGAGAAAUCUUUGGAUGCUAUGGGCAAAUAGUUUCAGCUAAAGUGAUGUGUCAUGAGAAUGGCAGAAGUAAAGGAUUCGGCUUUGUGUGCUUCUCUAACUGUGAAGAGUCCAAACAGGCUAAAAGAUAUCUCAAUGGGUUCUUAGUUGAUGGAAAGCCAAUAGUUGUUCGAGUUGCAGAGCGCAAAGAGGAUCGAAUCAAGAGGUUGCAGCAAUAUUUUCAGGCACAGCCACGCCAGUACACGCAAGCUCCUUCUGCCCCUUCACCAGCUCAGCCAGUCCUCUCAUAUGUGUCCAGCUCAUAUGGUUGCUUUCAGCCAUUCCAGGUCGGGACAUCUUAUUACUAUAUGGGCAAUCAGGUGCCACAAAUGUCCGGUCACCAAAACAUCACCACCUACGUUCCAGCUGGGAAAGUGCCUCUCAAGGAGAGAAGAUCAAUGCAUCUGGUCUACAAACAUCCGGCUUAUCCCGUUGCCAAGAGGGGUGCUAAACAGACACUGGUUUUUAAGGGUGAGGUUAACAGAAAUUUAGAGGCUGCAACAUGCUCCAAAGCAACAACAUCUGAGGAGAACCGUAAAGAAGAACGAAGAUUGACUUUGUCAGGAAAGUUGUCACCAGAAGUGAAGGUAGAGGAAUCAGGAAAACAAUUGCAAUGAUUGAAGCUUCUUAAACUUUGGCCCUGCUGCUCUGGCUGGAGAUUUCUCACUGCUUAGAAUUCUACGCUGUUCAUUUUAACACUUCAUUAGGUUUUCCUCAUAGCAAUGGUAUAUGUAGAUCUUUUGAUCACACAGGGAGAUGGUUGUAUAUAGUUUCUGGUACUAAGUGUUCUCAACUCUUGGUUUAGUACUUGUAAUAAGUUUCAAUACAUUUUUAGUAAAACAGUGAUG